AGGAGGAGGAGGAGGGGGGGGGUGUAGAUCGCAGUCAGAGCACUGGUAGAGCAGGCUGGGUUUGGGUAGCGACAGAUGUCUAUAGGAGACAGAGAGGGCCACUCCUCGGCGAAGCACACUCAGUCCCAGAUUGCAGCUCAGUGAGCGGAGCAGCAGCCGCAGCAGCAGCAGCCGCCCCCCCGCCAGGCUUCUUCUUCUUCUCCUCCUCCUCCUCUUCUUCUUCUUCUUCACUCUUCCACCGGGAGGAUCAGAGCGCGGCACUUUUUUCCCCCCUACGGGUCGAGUUAAGGGACAAACACAGGAAACACCAUGGGAGGCAAACUGAGCAAGAAGAAGAAGGGAUAUGAUGUAAGCGAUCCCAAAGAGAAGAAGGACGAAAUCACAGCGGCAGCUGUGAGUGUUGUGGAGUCUGUUCAAGCUGCAGUGGAGAGCUCUGCGCCAGCGCCAGUAGCUGAGGUGACAGCUGAGGCUGCCAAAGUGGUAUCAGCCGCAGUAGAGGAGGUCGUAGGGUCAGCUGUGGCAGCAGUAACUGAAGCUGUGGGGACAGUAGGAAAAGCCGUGUCUGAAGAGCAGGCACCAUCAGCUCCAGCAGAGCCAGUCCCAGAAGAACCUGCUGAAGUUAAAAAAGAACCGGCUCCAGUCCCAGAAGAACCAUCUCCAGUACCAGAAGAACCAGCUGCAGUCCCAGAGGAACCGGCUCCAGUCCCACAAGAACCAGCUGCAGUCCCAGAGGAACCAGCUCCAGUCCCACAAGAACCAGCUGCAGUCCCAGAGGAACUGGCUCCAGUCCCACAAGAACCGGCUGCAGUCCCAGAGGAACAAGUUCCAGUCCCACAAGAACCAGCUGCAGUCCCAGAGGAACCGGUUCCCGUCCCACAAGAACCAGCUCCAGUUCCACAAGAACCAGCUCCAGUUCCAGAGGAACCAGCUCUGGCAGAGCCUCCGGAGCCUGCAGCAGCUUUGGAAGAAUCUAUUUCAGCCCCAGAGUUGGUUGCUGUUGAGCUCAAACCUGAGCCUGUUGCUGCACCGGAAGAGAUCCCAGUAGAGGAGCCAGUUCCAGUACAAGAACUUGUACCAGUGGCAGAGGCUAAUACAGACUCCUCAGAAGUUGUUUCUGUCAUUGCUGACACUGCACUCACAGAAGCAGAGACAGAGGCCGCCCCAGAGACUGUUAAUGAGCCGGAACCCACUCUUGAUGAGACAACCUCGACGAUGGUGCUUGAGUCUGCUCCUGCCCCAGAACCAGAGCUUGAGACUGAGCCUGAGGCAUCAGUAGAAGUACCUACUGAUGUAGAGGCACCAGCCCCAAUUUCAGAACCAGAACCAGAGGCAGAGCCAGAGCCAGAGCUCGUAACAGAGGUGCCUGCACCAGAGGAACAGGUAGCAGAGGCUGAGCCAGAACAAACACUGGCUGAGUCUGAACCUCCCAAACCUGAGGCUGUGGAAACAGAUGCAACAGCAGUUGAUGUCUCAGAGCCUGCAGCUGUGGAGGCUCCACCGGAGGUCCAGGUAGUGCAGGAGGAAACGGCUGCAGCAGUGGCACCCAACAUGGAGGCAGCAGCAGAGCCACAAGCAGCAGAAAAUGUCCCUGAGAUUGUCAUCUCCGAGUCAGCCUCUGCCAGUGAAGGCAUCGCAGAGGCGGAGGUGGUGGCUGAAGUCUCAGCCGAGAAGGAGGCCAGCCCAGAGCCUGAGGUGGAAGCCAAGAUGGAGAAUGGCGAAUUAGAGAGCCCUUCUCUUACAGAGGAGGUGGCAGAGGUGGUUGCAUCUCCUGCCAUGAAUGGAGAGUCCACCGAUGCGUCUGAGAAAUGUGUUAAUGGUAUCGAAAAGCCAGAUGAGACUCCUGCCGUGGAGCAGAGUGACUGUGAACUGAAAAAGGAUGUUACCCUGGGCGGGGAUGUUCACGAGGCUCCAGAUGCUCUAUCUGACAUGGUGGAGGCCAUCAGUACUACGGUCAGCCAGGCAGUUGACUAGAUCUGAAAAGAUGCUCUCUGUCAAAUUCAAAUGUGAAGUCAGUUUUAUCCUCUGCUGCAAGAAAAGCCAUCUAAAUGAUAAACACCACCACACAGGCUUUCUGGCGUACUGAAACCACCACAGUGUCUGUUGUGGUAACUCAGGCUAAAAGAUCCUUUUUUUUCUGAGUAACCAAAAAUUAAAUGCAACCACUCGGGGGGAUAGAGACAGAGGGUAAAAUAGCAAGUGCGUAGGAACAAUGUAUGUGCAAAGGGGAGCUUGUGUUUGGUAUUGGAGGAAUGAAUACAGUCAGUAAACUGGACAGCAGAGCAAAGUGCUGGACAUCAGCAGUGGAAGUGAUGAAUAAACGAAUAGUUCUGUUUUUGUGUGUGAGCCUGAUGAAUAAUACAAAAUGUUCUUUCGGAAGCAACAUCCAAUCCUAGUAUGCUAUUUGAUUUAGUCUUUCACAUAUCCUUUCUAUAACUAUAUGAAAAGACGCGGAUGAAAUGUUUUGGUCUUUUAUAACGAUGCAACCUGAGGAAUGUUCAUUUUAACUUGAUGGCUUGGAAUAGAGAAUAAAAAAAGAAAGAAGAGUGUUAUA